CAGUGCCUGCCAUUGAUGCCAACCAGAGCAGGCGGAACAAGAUGGGUUGCUCAUUUGUGGAAGCCAUCAACACAUUUCUUACGGCCUACGUCCCUAUAACAACACAUCAUGGGCAUGUCUUCAAGGCUGAUGGUCUGCACAAGUUGGCAACAUCAAUGACCAUUGUGGUUUUCCUGGUUUUACUGAAGAACAUUCUAGAGCCAGUCAGUCGUUUGUCGAAGCUACUGCAAGACCCGACAACUACUCUAGGCAAUGUAAAACACAUGAAGCAGUAUACUCUCCAGAGUUUAUCAGAUCUUGAGGCGUUGUUCGAAAUCACAUCACUGAGUUGCCCAAGCGUUUUUCUGCAAUAGAUGACGAAGCAGUGAAAGUAGAGUAUCAACUCCUGAGGAAUCUGCUGUAUUCAAGACAGGAGAUGCCGUCUGAUGAGCAGCACCAUGUCAGCCUUGU